AUGUGUGAAAAUUCAACAGCUGAAGUAUUGGGAUUCGAUGAUGACAUUCCUCCAUAUGCAUCAGCUAGUGAUGAUGCCAUACUCAAAGGAGUCAAUUUUGCAUCUGCUGCUGGAAUUAGAGAGGAAACUGGCUGGCAACUGGGAGGGCACACUACUUCUAGUGGCCAAGUGAAUAAUUACCAAGAAACUGUGUCACGAGUGGUGAAUUUACUAGGAACUGAGGAUCAAGCUGCAAGUUACUUGGGAAAAUGCAUAUGCCCAAUCAGAUUGGGUAGCAAUGAUAUUCAACUGGUAGUCAGUAUACACCAGAAGCCUUUGCUGAUGUUCUUAUUGAAGAUUAUACUGAACAACUUCGAACUCUAUACAAUUAUGGAGCAAGGAAAAUGA